CAAAGAAGGAAUCCUCUGCAUAUCUAAAUCAACGGAUACUCCCAAUAUAUAUUUUUCUCGAAGAUUUCUUUCGACAACACCCGGUAAAGAUGAUGGCUGUCAAGUCUCUUCCCCUGCGCGUUGGCCGCCUGAGCAACGUGCGAGUCCAAGCUGCACAAGUGAAGGUAGCUCCAAAGUUGACGACGACCACCAAGAAAAGCGACGAGCAACGAUUUCAGCAGGCCACCGGCCUGCCAGCACCAACCGUGAACGGCAAGCAAUUUCCCAUCAAGCUUGGCUUUACAAAGACCAACGAGCUGUUCGUUGGGCGAUUGGCAAUGCUGGGCUUUGCGUCGUCGCUUAUCGGCGAGAUUCUCACCGGCAAAGGUCCUCUGGCGCAAUUCGGUUACGAGACAGGCCUUAACGGCAUAGAGGUGGACGGCUUGAUCAUCGGCCUCGUCGCCUUCAACCUUAUUGCCGCCGUCCUGCCUACCAGCCAGACUUUCGUGCCUGAGGAACAACAGUCCAUCCAAGACCGACCCGCGGGUCCGCUCCAGGACCCCCGCAUCUCCCUUCUGGACCCCAAGCGCUUCUUCGGUGUCAAGGGCUUCGGCUUUACCAAGGAGAAUGAGCUGUUCGUGGGCCGAAUGGCGCAGCUAGGUUUCGCCUUCUCCAUCAUCGGGGAGGUCACCACUGGCAAGGGCGCUCUGGCACAAUUCGAUAUUGAGACGGGCUUGUCACUACGCGACACCGAGUUCGGGCUGGUCGUCUUCAUUCUAUUCCUGUUGUUCGCUGCUGUGAACGAGGGAACUGGCAAGUUCGUUGAUGAGGAGUGAUCAUCUAGCAAGUGGCCAAUCUAGGCACUUGAUCGACGGCUUGUUAACAAACAGCAUUUCUGUGAGACAAGUUCGCUUUGCCUGAAGAUGUUUUAAUUAAACGUAUAAUCAUGUUAAUGUCAUGCUGUUUGGAAUGUAUCCCUUACAUAUAAUACUUUGCUGGUAUCAGCUGGUGAAGUCGCGAAUUGCGGAUUUCACGGAAUGUGUUUUCAUGAUGAUGCUUUGGGACUUGGUAUUUGGUCAUUGUGUUCAGCGAAGAUGGUUGGGAUUUCCACCGUUGAAGCAAGUGCUACGUUGUUUUCAUCAGUUUCGUGGUAACAGAUCGAUUACUCAUGGUACGGUAGGAGAGAUGGUAAAGAAUGACUAAAGUAGAGACAUGUCGGGGUCUGUAAAGCGAGCCUGACGCAUCGCUUUGGAUCGUUUAUUGUUUUUAGCCGUGCAACUGCUGCUGCUGCUGCUGCUGCUGCUGCUGCUGCUGUUUGUAUCGGUCCUUGCUUGAGCGAUCGCGGUCGGUUUCGUCGCGACGGCGAAAACCUUGAGAGAGAGAGAGAGUGAGAAGUAGUGCGAAUUAAGAUACUGGCUGCGACGCGUAUGGCAUUCAUGGCACGCAGUGGUAGCAGUGGGUUUCAUCACGCAUGACUUGACGACGAUACGGCAAUGCGAAUUAUGCUGCGUACUGCAUGAUGAGGCCGAGUUUCCGAAAGUCCAGCACCAGGACGGAAUGUCUGGGAGCUGUCUUGGGCAGCAGAAUGUAGGAGAUGAUGUAUGGAUACAGGAUUGGGGAUUACGCCUUGUCGAUCACAAGAUAUGACAGGAUAAGAUAAUGUAAACAUUUGGUUU